AUGGCGCUAGAUGUGACGUCCAUUCCACUCGCACGACUGUGGACUAAGCUCGACUCCACCUUGAUGCAGUUGAAGCACCAGCUUGCAGCGCCACCUGCUGCCCGUAUGGUGAUUAAUUCGAACACGCCACCGAAUCGUGUAAUGAUGGUGAAUACAAAGAAAGCACCGAGGGACGUGCGAUUCAUCGGCAGGAUGGCCGCCAGCAUGCCGCAUGAGGUAACGUCAGAACACACCCUUGCUACUGCGGCUUCUCACACGCCAUCCAUGCCGCACAUAGACCCACCGCACCAGCCGCCCGUAACCACGGCGACGUGUGCUCGGGAUCGGCAGAUGGUCGCCGCGGCGACGGAUCAGUAUUCCGUCGAGGGAACUUCCAACGUGGUCCCGACGAUGCUGGAGUUUGAGGGCAGUGGCAACUCGUCCGAGGUUGAUGUAGAGGUCACUGAAGAUGCAUCGCAGGUUGAUGUAGAGGUCACUGACGACUCACCUCAGGUGACUGCAGAAGGCAAUGAUGGUUCUCAACCAGCAGAAGUAGAUGACACAGAGGAGCACGGGAAUAGUCACCCGGGGACAGGAACGAACACUCGAAGCCAGGCGAAAAUACCGAAGAAGGUGGCGCCACCAACACGGCGGAAAUCGGCGUGUGCCAGACGACGCGCCGUGGACACGCAAGGUUUUCAAUCAUUGCCAAGAGGCGGAGCCACUAGUCGUGUGCGUGGCAGAGUAGAAGACUUGCGCGGGGAUGCAGGCGUCUCUUGUGGCCAGACUGAUGUGGUGGGCACCAACGAGAGUGAACCUGCGACCAGCGCAACAGCCCUGGCUGCCGGCUCACGAGAUGGCGAUGACAAUGACACUCGGUCACCCGUGGCGCCUGCUGCUGUCUCGCGCAGGAAGCGUGGAGCGAAUGUGAAGCACAGUCCCAAGAAACGGAAACGGAGUGCGGUGAGAAAGAAAGUGAAUGAUGGAGAAACGACACCAGACAAGCUUACAGCGGAGGAGCAGAAGGAAUUACUCGAUGCUGUCGAAACCGUUCUACCGCAACUGCUGGGCAGUAUGAUGAACAACAGGGAGUUACAUGAGAAAAUUGCUGAGAACAUUAACAAAGUUUCAGGGCGACAGUCUUCUGGUAGUCUGCCGCCAACUCCUCAUUCUGUGCCACCAGUUGACUUGGACUUAUUUGAGAAUCAGCAACACCAGGUGCCAGACGAGUGGGUUCGUGGAGCCAUGGAAAUGACCGAACAUGACCCGCUGUUUGAAGGACUCUUUAACAUCCUCGAUCUAGAUGACUAUGGACUGGAGACGUCCCACAAACCUCCAGCUAACUCGACAAUGCCACAUGUCACAGCAACUGCAUCCACUAUCCCCGCACGUAACCACGAACUUGGCGCAGCGCUGAAAGGCAACCAAUUAGACUCUUCAUCUCGGCCACCAGGUAGCGCCUGUGUUGCUGGGUCGGCAGCAGACGUGAGUCAGCGUGGUACGGACGAAACGGUAGAAUCUAUAAAUCAGGUCAAUCUAAGCUGCAGCAGUUUACGUGUAGAGGGCGCUACGUCUCGGCCCGAUUUACCGAACGUUGCACCGUGCUCGCCCGGUAAUCGACCGCAUGGGGUGACACCAGGUGGCGACAGUGUGGCCGUGUUAACUGGUGCUGUGCCGGCAACAACACCACAAACAGAGCUGCCGAGAUCAACCGAGCUGCGAUGUACAGACCCUGUUGAUAGUUCGUCGUUUGCUCCCCUGAUGGCAGCACCUCUGCGGCCUGCUACGCCACCAGCUGCGGUAAGAUUGGCAAAGCCACCUCGGUCACCCUCCUGCGCCGUGGCAAUGUUGUCCGACUCCAGAGGAGCGCCCUCUGCCAGUCCACGGCCAGCUCACACGUGCGCGACGACAUCGAAAUCAAUGGAUGCAACGUCGGCUGUGCCCGUCGUCGUGGCGAUGGCUCCGGCAUCGUCUGCGCAUCCCGCGACGACCGCUUCCCAUACAAGAUCUCCGUGCCAUGAUUCGUCGAGUGCCGAAGGCGUCCCGUGGCAUUCGCCUUUGACAAGUGAACAUUCGAAGGAGCGUGGCAAGGGAUCGCCCGACGUCAGCAACCUGGUUGUAGACACGUCGCCGCGGCGACAGCCACGCCGCUCGCAGACGAUGUCCGAACUUUCUAUGCUCGAUGUGAUAUGUGGACUUGUACCUGACCCCGUGAACUCUGACCCUGUGAACUCUGACCUUAUCACCUCUGACAUUCAAGCUUUGUCGACAAAACUAAUGACCUCAUCUGACUUGUCUGCGUCCAACAGGGGGCGCCAAGAAAUGACCGAGGCAACGAGUUCGCUCGUGGAGGCGACAGACUCCUCCAUGCCUGCAGUAGGAAGUGGGUCGGUGGCACCGUAUAAGGGCGCGAUGUCUGCAGCCAAUGAUCAAUGUCGUGAGACCUCCGAAGAACCGCAUGACUCAUCGAGUGUUGCCAGCGUAACCAUGGCUACGUUGAGCGGCCCUGGCAUCACCAUGCCCUCAUCCAGUGUUGCUGCCAUAACCACGCUGACUUCAAGUAUUGCUGGCGUAACUGUGCCUAUUUCGAAUGUUGCUGGCAAAACCAUGCCAACAUCAAGUGUUCCCGACACAGUUGUGCCAAUGUCGAGUGUUGCUAGCGUCACUGUGCCUAAAUCGAGUGUUGCUGGUGUAAUCAUGCCAACAUCAAGUGUUGUGCUAGCGCCCGCUAACUGUCCUAAAUCGAGUGUUGUGGUGUAA